GUGGAAUUGCAUCAAAGCCUUGUUGUCACCAUGUCACACACACCACCUUGACAUGAUGGAUGCAAGGAUUCUUUCUCGACCGAGACCUGGUCGCAUUAUUUCGAGGUCUUCUCUUCGAAUUGAUUCACCUUUCGGCCUGUUCCGUGGACGAUUCCUCUUAUCGUCGGCCACGAUGUCUAUGGAUUUGGAUUUCCAACGUUUCGCAGUCGACCGAUGAAGGAUUCACUCCUGCGAAAUGAUGGAAUACGGCACGUUCUAAACCAUCGAGUCAUGAGAGGCAAUUCUGGGAUCGCCUUUCGCCCAGCCAAUGCAACGCCUUCUCCCCCAGUUGAUAGUUAACCGCACAGUCGACAACAGGGAAAACUCCUGUGUGGUUAAGUCGGGCUCUGAUCGCAGUAGGCCUACUCAGGAAUCCGUGUUGAGAAGCUGAGAAGAAGAGAUCCUUUCGUCUCGGCCCAAAAAGCAGGACGGUACAGUCGACAGAGAUAAGACUCCUGUGCCGUUCGCUAACGUGGUCGAAGCUGCUAGAUUUGCCUGAUAGAUGACGACAGACCAUCCCAUCUUUAAAAAUCACCUGAUCGAUCGCAUCGUGGUGCCGGGGUAGCCAUCAGGAGUAGGACUAGUCAGAUGACGACCCAAUAGCUGGGCGGUACAGUCGACAGGACAACUCCUGUGCCGCUCGCUUCGUGGUCGUCUCUUUGAUACCGAGUCGCCGGUGUUUUUAUGACGGAUGGGAAACUCGGUUCUCCCUCAACGCCCAGAUUGGAAAAAAAGAAAUAAGAGAUUUUUUUCUGUUGUCACUCUGGUCGAGCUCUCAGAACCCUGACCCUCGUCGCAUGCAAAUCAAUUUAACUGGAUUCCUCAACGGCAAGAAUGCCAGGAUUCUGAUGACUGAAUUGUGGGAUCUUCUACUAUCUGCCCAAGAAUCGUCUGCUGGAAUUCCGGAGGUCUUUAUGGCACAGAAGAAGGAAGAAAUCAAAUUAAGAAAGGAAGAACAAGAUCGAAUCCAGGAAGCAAUCAAAAAGGCCGACCGGGAUCGGCGCGCUGACCGAGAAAAGGAACGCAACGACCGUACUGACAAACGAGCUUCCAAAGAUAGAAGCCGUAGCCCCAACAAGGACAGGGUGAUCAAGAAGGAAGGAGACAAUCCCCGCUCUUCACCUCGUCGUGACGGCCGACGUCCUUCAUUGGAGCGUCGUUCUCCUAAUCGAGGCAAGGCGUCGCCACCGCCUCGUCGUCGCUCACCUGCCAGAUCGCCAGCAAGGCGCUCGCCUCGUCGAUCUCCACGUCGAUCACCUGUUCGUCGCUCCCCAGCUCGCCGUUCUCCUGCACGCAGAUCUCCCGCUCGUCGCUCGCCAGCUAGACGAUCACCCGUUCGCCGCUCUCCCGCUAGGAGAUCUCCAGUUCGAAGGUCCCCAGCCCGCAGAUCUCCUGUUCGUCGGUCACCGGUCCGCAGGUCGCCCGUUCGAAGAUCUCCCAGGCGUUCACCUGUUCGUAAUCAUUCUCCUCGGCGUCCUUCACCACGCCGUUCGCCCGUGAGGAAGUCACCCGUUCGACACCGGUCGGCGGAACGUCGUCGCUCUCCGAUUCAACGAGACAGAUCUCCUGAUCGCCGUGACAAGGAACGUCCUCGUCGUUCGCCAGAGCCGAAAAAGGAUGGAGCCUACAGCGAUAAAAAGCCGGCUGCUGUCUCCGGUUUACAGGCGAAAUUGAUGCAGAUGGCUGGGCAGGAUACUUCAUCACUGGCCAUAGUUUCCGCACCUUCUAAACGUCGGUCCCCGUCGGCAUCAUCCAAAUCGUCUUCAUCGCGCAGUUCCUCAUCUUCGUCAUCUCGUUCUGCCUCUCCUAUCCAGCGUAAAAGCGAUAGUGUCCAGAACAAACGCAACUAUCGAGGCCAUCAAAGUUCAUCUCCAGAAGCCCAACGUCGAGCCCAGCGUGGACCAAUGGAUCGUGGUCGAGGAGUACCCGAUCGCCAGAUGGAAAAGAGUCGAGAUCGGGAGAAGGAACGGGAUCGCUUACCUGCCCGUGAUAAAGGUCGUGAGAGGGAACGUGAGAAAGAAAAACCACCAACAGCUGGUCUUCGUGGCAGUAGAGCAAGAGGUGGAUCCGGACGCGGAAGUCGCAGUCUAUCUCGCACUCCUUCGCCGUUCAGAAAGGAAAAUGAUUCUCGUUUGAGGACCCGUGGCCAUUCUGAGAGCCCGAUCCCAGAUGUGAAACGUGAUAUUAAGAAGGACAAGCGCAAGGAUGUUGAGAGAGAUCAAUCUCCUCCUGAGAAAAUGUUGAAGAAGCGCAAGCCAUCUCCUUCUCCAGUCAAAAAGAAGAAGAGGAAAUCGUCGUCUGGGUCUGAAGAGUCAGAAGUAGAAGAAUCCGAGUCUGGAGAAUCGUCUAGCGUUGAAUCCACUCCGGACAAGAAGAAACGCAAGAAGGAGAAGAAGAAGAGGAAGGAAACCACAUCAGAGUCGUCAGAGGAAUCUGGCGAUUCGGAAGAAGAGAGAAAAAAGAAGAAGAAGAGCAAGAAAGAGAAGAAGAAGAAGGAAAAGAGGAAGAAGGAGAAAAAGAAGAAGUCUAAGAAAAGUAAAUCCAAAAGGCGUCAUGAUUCUGACGAGGAGUCAGAGGAUGGCAUAGUCACACCUUCGGCGGAAUCGGAAGCUUUGGAACGACAGCUGAGAGAAAAGGCGUUGGAGUCGCUGAGUCGGCGUAAAGAGCAACGCAAGUGAUUUGACAACAAAUAUGAAUUGGACAGAAUAUUAAAAACAAAAGAACUUUUUUCAUUUUUUUUUUUCAUUUUGAACUUUUCUGCCUAGUAACGCCUAACGUGGAAGUUUGAUUCAUGUCGCCAUUCGUUUAGUUUUCCUUAAACGUCUCCCCCAUUUUCAAGAGUUUCGUGAACACUUUUUUAAAAUAAAAUUGAUUGGAAUGAA